CCAUCUUAAACCCUAAUACCCCACUCUUCCUCAUCCUCUGCAACCACAACUGGAAACCCGAAAAUCCGGGUCGUAAUGCCCAUCGAACUCCUGCCGCAUCUCCGGCUCCUCAAACAUUCUCUACCUACGAUGAGGCUCGUACCCUCCGUUCACUCAUCUCGGGCGAUACCCAUUUUAUCUCUUGUAUUUCCCUUCAAGCUCAGAUACAAUGCGUUAGGUCCUCAGUUCUGUAACCAACUCCGUGUACAGCGUUUAUCCACUCGACCAUUCCGGCCUAGAGCUGGGUCGAGCUCGGAAUUCAGCCGUGGUGGCAGAGACAGAGGAGGAGAGGUUCGUGCUUCGAAGAGUCUCAUUGAUGACGAGGCUGAGCUCAGUGACUGGGUCAGCGAGUUGAGUAAGACUGGCUCGUUUCGUGGCCGAAUUGCUAGUGAUGACGAUGGCUUGGAUGAUAGAGGCCGUGGUAGAGGGAAGAUCAUAGAUAGGAGUGGAGAGAGGAAUCGAGAUUCAUUCGCAAUGAAGAGGAGAAGGGAGAGUGACUCUGACGAGUUUCGCGAGCCAAGUAGAGGCAGAGCUAGGAAUUCGUUUGAGUCAAGGAAACGGGAUUCAUUUGCAACUAAUACGAGAAAAGAGAGUGGUUCUGACGAUUUCCGCCAGCCAAGUAGAGGGAGAACUGGGAAUUCUUUUGAGACAAGGAAUAGAGAUUCAUCUGCAACGAAGAUGAGAAGGGAGAGUGACUCUGGCGACCGGAGUAGAGGGAGAAGUAGCAAUUCGUUUGACUCGAGGAAUUCACAGGGAACGAAGAGAUUUGAUUCUCGGUAUAAUGGUGGUGAUUCCUUUCAAAGAACGAGUAGCGGAAUGGGAAACAGGCAGAGAAAGCUUAAGCAAUCAAGCGACGACGACGACGAAGAAUCUGGCGAGCGUAGUAGAGGGAGAAUUAGCAAUUCUUUCGAUUCGAGGAAUUCACAGGGAACGAAGAGAUUUGAUUCUAGGUAUAGUGGUGGUGACCUUUCCUUUCAAAGAACCACUAGCGGAAUGGGAAACAGGCAGAGAAAGCUUAAGCAAUCAAGCGAUGAUGAUGACUCUGGCGAUGAUGAUGACUCUGGCAAUGAUGAUGAGGAGUUGCAGAGCUUAAGGGUUGGCUUUCAGGAUUUGCUUAGUGAGGACACUGACGAGGAGAGUGACGAGGAGGAGGGUGACGAUGAGGUUUUAAAGAAGAGUAGAGGUUCUUUGUUUGGAAUGGAUAAGGAAGUUAUCCCCAAUAAUACACCGAGUUCACCUGGAAAGUCAGGUUCUUACUUAAGUGAGACUAGAUUCGAUCAGUGCUCUCUUUCCCCUUUGUCAUUAAAAGGGAUAAAGGAUGCUGGUUAUGAGAAGAUGACCAUGGUACAAGAGGCAACUCUUCCAGUUAUACUCAAAGGUAAGGAUGUUAUGGCCAAGGCUAAAACAGGAACUGGAAAAACAGUCGCAUUUCUACUUCCAUCCAUUGAAAUUGUUUCCAAAUCACCAGCUGCUAGUCUUGACCAAAAGCGAACCCCUAUUUCUGUACUUAUAAUAUGCCCCACUAGAGAGCUUGCAACUCAAGCUGCUACAGAAGCUAACACUUUGCUGAAGUAUCACCCUUCUAUUGGUGUUCAAGUUGUGAUAGGCGGUACAAGACUUGCUCUAGAACAGAAACGAAUGCAAGCAAACCCUUGCCAGAUUCUUGUUGCUACACCUGGAAGGCUCAGAGAUCAUAUUGAGAAUACUGCAGGAUUUGCGACAAGGCUGAUGGGUGUCAAAGUCCUUGUACUCGAUGAAGCUGAUCAUUUGCUAGACAUGGGGUUUCGUAAAGAAAUUGAAAGAAUAAUUGCUGCUGUUCCAAAACAGCGACAGACUCUCUUAUUUUCUGCCACUGUUCCUCAAGAGGUCCGUCAAAUUUGUCAUAUCGCUUUGAAAAAAGAUCAUGAAUUUAUUAAUGCUGUUGAAGAAGGCAGUGAGGAUACACACUCACAGGUCAGACAGAUGCAUAUGGUGGCUCCACUAGACAAGCAUUUUCCCCUACUUUAUGUUCUUUUAAAAGAUCACAUUGCUGAUAAUGUUGACUAUAAGAUUCUCGUAUUCUGCACAACUGCCAUGGUCACAAAACUGGUUGCUGACCUUCUUGGUGAGCUGAACUUGAAUGUUAGGGAAAUCCAUUCCAGAAAGCCUCAGAGUUAUAGAACCCGUGUGUCUGAUGAAUUCAGGAAGUCAAAAGGUCUUAUUCUUGUGACUUCGGAUGUAUCUGCACGUGGGGUUGACUAUCCAGAUGUUACUCUUGUCAUACAGGUCGGGGUGCCUUCUGGUAGAGAACAGUAUAUUCAUCGACUUGGUCGAACUGGGCGUAAAGGGAAAGAAGGGGAAGGGAUAUUGUUACUGGCACCUUGGGAGGAAUACUUUCUGUCUACCAUAAAGGAAUUACCAAUAACGAAAGCUUCUGUGCCUUCGAUAGAUCCAGACACAAAGAAAAAGGUGGAAGAGAUGUUAUCCCGUGUAGAGAUGAAGAACAAAGAAUCAGCCUACCAGGCCUGGCUUGGUUAUUACAAUUCCAACAAGAAUGUGGGCAGGGAUAAACAUAGGCUUGUGGAGCUUGCAAAUGAGUUCAGUCGAAGUAUGGGACUUGAUAACCCUCCAGCCAUCCCUAAGCUUGUCCUUGGCAAGAUGGGUCUCAGGAACAUCCCCGGAUUGCGCACCAAAUAGACAAGUUCUUCCAGUUGCCUGGAUCUUCAAAUUUUGUCAAUACGAUCUUAAAGUUAUUAUUUUCUAAGAUUCACACAGGAUACAGCUAUGAAUUGUCGACCAAAAACUUUGGUAAAUGUGAUCAAUUACAUUUCUGUAAUGAAAUAUUGCUGCUGUAUAUUGUAGUCAAUUGUUUCAUCUGAAGAGUCGCACCCUACUGUUGCAUCCUUGUUACUUUUGACCGUACCUUGCGAUUUUCUUGUUAGUUGGAAUGAAGAGGGCAAAGAAAUGGGUCAAAUGAUGCCCAAAUUCCCA